AUCAGUAGCUGUAUGGAGAGACAAACACAGGGCCUGAGCUGCUGGGAGCCCUAGGACAGAGCCAGGACUCAGAACCGGGACAGAGCCAGGACUCAGAACCGGGACAGAGCCAGGACUCAGAACCGGGACAGGGCUAGGUCACAGAACCAGGACAGGGCUAGGUCACAGAACCGGGACAGGGCUAGCCUAGGAUACAGAACCAGUACAGGGCUAGGAUACAGAACCAGGACAGGGCUAGGGUUAGGAUACAGAACCAGGACAGGGCUAGACAGAGAGCUGUGAUAUGCCAAGCAGGGAGUGAGGGGGAUCAUUAACCUGCACACCAUACACAGUAUAUGAGGCAGAAGACAAGUUAGAAUUCAGACAUGGCCUCUCACCCAGUCCAUGGAUUGCCAUUCCUGCCUGGGAACACCUACAGGGACCCCACGAAAUCUGCUUUCCAUCGGUCCCAGACAUUAGCAUACAGAAAUGGAUACAGUCGUCCGUUGCUUCCAACUGUAGGCGUUGGACGGGAUCCUAUCACUGUGAACCAGUUAUCCCAGGCUGAGCUGGAUGAACUGGCCAACAAGAGACCUACUCUGACGUAUGGACAGGCUAAUCAGGCCCCACCUUCCACAUUUAUCCCAGCUCAUGUGGCUUUUGACAAAAAGGUGUUGAAAUUCGAUUCCUAUUUCCAAGAGAUUGUCCCUAUCUCUCAAGAUGAGCGCUACAGGGUGCGAAAGGUAUCUCUGUAUUACUAUCUAGAAGAUGACAGCAUAUCUGUGGUGGAACCUGUGUCGGAGAAUGCUUGUAUGCCUCAAGGCACGUUUAUCAGGCGUCAGAGACACCCUAAGAAUGACUUUGGAGAUCAUUAUCAUUGGAAAGACCUCAAUGUGGGCAUCAACAUUACUUUGUACGGAAGGACGUUUCGAAUUGCGAGCUGUGACAAAUUCACACAGGAUUUUCUGGAGAGCAACGGAAUUGAAUUAAAUCCACCAGAAGAAAUCCCUACUGAUCCCUACACAAUACUCCGCCAGCAGCCAAAUCGAACAUUCACCACCCCAACGGACUUUGACAAAUUGAAGCAAUUUCUCACCAUGGACCGGAAGGUUCUGCGCUUUUUUGCCCUGUGGGAUGACUCUAAGAGCAUGUUUGGCGAUACACGUCCAGUAAUUAUACACUAUUAUCUCGUGGACGACACUGUGGAAAUUCGAGAAGUGCACGAAAGAAAUGAUGGCAGAGACCAAUUUCCGGUGCUACUGAAGAGACAGCACUUACCAAAAUAUGUGAAAGACCUGAAAGAUACCUUUCCUCAGUCUGUGCUUGAAAUCUCAAAUCAGGAAGUUACCGAAUGGUAUUCACCCAAAGAUUUUGUAGUUGGGGACUAUAUUACUAUUCUUGGGCGCAAGUUUCUCCUACACGACUGUGAUGAAUUUACUAAAGAAUUCUAUCACCACAACCUCGGCAUCUCCAACUUCCAACCUGUUGAUGUCAAAAAGAAGCUUGAAGAAGAAAUUAUCCAGGAGUUCCCUCCAUACAAUGGGUUUGGAUUACUUGAGGACUCUAUUCAGAACUGCCUCUCUCUGGUUCCCAAGCCUCCCAAGAAAAACGUCAUUAAAAUGUUAGAAAACGACCAUAAAGUAUUGCGAUAUGCAGCUCAACUGGAAUCACCGAACCCCGAAGACAAAGGCCGUCACUUCAUCCUUUCCUACUACCUGUCUGAUGAUAUGAUCAGUAUUUUCGAGAAGCCAACUCGUAACUCUGGCAUUAUUGGAGGGAAAUUCUUGGAAAGGUCCAGAAUACCUAAAGAAGGCUCUUUGAUAGACAACCCCUCAUACUACAGUCCUGCAGAUUUUUACAUUGGAGCUGUUGUUGAAGUUUUCAGCCACAGAUUUAUCAUCAUGGAUGCUGACGAGUAUGUCUUAAACUAUCUGAAGGAACAUGCUGAUGCUUACCCGUCUGAUGUACUAGAUUCGCUGCAGAGACAUCUGCAUCCAUCUGAGGGAACGUUUUAAGCCUCACAGUACAUCAAGAAACCAACCAGGUCAACAUGAUGAUGAAAGGCUUUUAUGCUGGGACCAACUGUAGAGAAGAUUCUACAAUUAUUCUUGCCGUGGUUUUAAAAUAAAAAUUCCAAACCUCUGCAUUAACAGCCUUGUAAAAGUGUCUGUCUGGAAUGGGUGAAAAACAGCUUUUACAAUUUUUAUUGUACGUAUUGAUUUCUUUAAACAGUUAUUAACUCUUUUUCUGUCCACCAUUAUUUCAUUUUAUGGUUAGGCCAGUUUAAUGUGUUCUGUCCAGGAUUUAUAGAUAGUUUGUUUUGUACCUAAUAAAAAUGAAACUGAA